AUGGUGUCAUCGAUAGUUAUAACAACCACCACAACAACCACGGCAACAGCACUUUCUCUGGAAAGCACAACGGUAUUACCAUUAUCUACUAUGUGGGGAUUGAUUUCUUCAACAUUUCAAGAUAGGUUUGUGAAUCUUUUAAAUUGUUUGGAAUAUGUACCAGGAGGCAGUAUUGUUUUGAGAUACAUCAAGUCAUCUUACCAGAACGACCCAUUUAGAUCUUUGCUUGAAUUUUGUUUAGUCCUCUUUGCCUUGUCCUACUUUUUAAGUUCCAAAAAGAAGGAAAAUAAAUCUGAAUUGGUAAAGUUUUCUGCAAAAGAAAUUGAUGAGUUAUGUGCUGAAUGGGAGCCGUCACCUUUAAUUAGCAAUAUCACUCCAUUGGAAAAUUGGGAGUUGAAAUCCAUUCCUGAGAUUACAGGCCAUAAUGGUGUUCAUGUCAAUUUGAAUGGUAAGGAAGUUUUGAAUCUUGCUUCGCAAGAUUUUCUUAGUCUCAACGAAAAUGAAAAUGUCAAGGAAGCAGCUAGAGUUGAAAUCAACUACGCUGGUGUUGGUGCUUGUGGCCCUCCAAAUUUCUACGGUACUCAAGACGUUCAUGUUAGAUUGGAAGAAGAUUUGGCUCGUUAUUUAGAUUGUGAACAAGCCAUUAUCUAUGGUCAGGAUUUUGUCACUGCUGGAUCGGUUAUACCGGCGUUUUUGAAGAGAGGUGAUUUGUGUGUUGUUGAUAGUGGGGUGAACAUCGCAUUACAGAAGGCUUUAAUUGUUAGUCGUGCCGACAUUGAAUGGUAUGAUCACAACGACAUUGAUCAUUUGGAACAAAUAUUGUCUCAAUUGAAGCCAGUGUUGGAUAAACAAAAACCAAUAAGAAGAAGAUUUAUUAUCACCGAAGGUUUAUUUGCUAACAGUGGAGAUAUUGCCGAUUUGCCAAGAAUUGUUGAAUUGAAGAACAAGUUCAAAUACAGACUUCUUUUGGACGAAUCUUUAUCAAUUGGUGUUUUGGGAGACACUGGAAAAGGUUUACCUGAACACUACGGUGUUUCUAGAGAUGAGGUUUCUAUAACUAUUGGAUCCAUGGCUAACUCGUUUGCCUCUUCAGGUGGUUUCUGUGUUGGUGUUAACCCUAUGGUUCACCAUCAAAGAAUCUCGUCCAAUGCAUAUGUCUUCAGUGCUUCUUUGCCUCCAUACUCAGCUAAAGUUACCUCCCAGGCUAUUAGGGAAAUUCAAGAAAACUUGGAUUCGGCAACUGGUAAGUCCAAAUUAAUGACCAAAUUGCAUGAUUUGACCCUGUACGCUUAUGACGGUUUACAAAAACAACUUCAAGCUCUGCAGCUCCAAAUUGUAUCGUCACCUCAAUCACCAAUAAUCCAUAUUGGUUUGAAAGAAAAUAUCAGAGAGCAGUUGGGUUUACCAUUGAUGUAUGGUAAUUCUACCUUUGUUACCACAGGGAAGCCAUCUAAGACUUUGAAUGGAUUUGAUGAAUACAUGAACUUAGAGAACUUUGUAUUACAAAAAAUCAUAGACUACAUUUUAAACAAUGCUGGUAUCUUGAUAACUAGAACCAAAUUGAUCUUAGAACAUGAAAACUUGCCUGUAUUGCCUCCUCAUUUGUUAGUAAACAUCAAUGCUGGAACUACCAGAAGCGAAGUUUCCAGCCUUAUUGAAGUUUUACCGAAAGCUAUUAAUUAUGCUUUGGGCAAUCUUAAACAUGAAGAUGAUUUGUUUGCAUUGAAUGAGGAAAUCAUUAAUUAUUAA